UUCCCUCUUCCCUCUCUUCCAUUUUUCGCUAGGUUGAAGCUGAGUUGAGUUGAGCGAAACAUGGCGCUAUGGAUGGAGGAUGGUUCGGAUCCCUUAACAGAGAACGAGAAAGCUGACCUUGACGCCAUAGCUGCCCUUAAAGAGAGUUCUGCUCUCGAGUUCAAGGAAAAGGGGAAUCAAUUUGUCAGGUUGGGAAGAAAGCACUAUGCUGAUGCUAUUGAUUGCUACACCAGAGCAAUAAAUCAGAAAUCCCUAAGCAACUCUGAGAACUCUAUUAUUUUUUCAAAUCGAGCUCACGUGAAUUUACUACUCGGAAACUAUAGACGAGCUCUUAGCGAUGCUGAGGAAGCAAUCAAUUUGUGUCCCACAAACAUCAAGGCAAUUUAUCGAGCUGCUAAAGCAUCUCUUUCCCUGAAUUUAUUAGAUGAAGCAAAGUCCUAUUGUGUCAGUGGGAUAAAGUGUGACCCAAAUAAUGUAGAAAUCAAAAAUCUCGAGAGACAGAUUGAUUCGCUGAAAUUCGAGCAGGAACAACGCGAAGCUUUAGUCACAAAAGCGAUUGCAGAGGCAAAGAAGCUUGUUUCUGCAAUCAUGCAACGAGGUUUGAAGAUUGGGAGCGCGUCGUAUCAAGAACUAACUGGAUUAAGAAAGCCUGUAUUAGAUAAAAAUAACAUUCUCCAUUGGCCAGUUCUUCUACUGUAUGCAGAGGUUAUGUCCAGUGACUUCAUUGAGGAUUUCUGUGAGACUGAUAUGUUUGCAGCUCAUCUGGAUAUGAUGUUUUCAGAAGAUUGUCCACCUUUGCCGUGGGAUGCGGAGAACAAAUAUACCCGUGAAGCAGUUGAACUAUACUAUGAGGCUGGUUCAGGAAUUUGUUUAUCAAAAGAGAAAAUUUUACGGAAUCUUCUAGAGGGAACCGCUGCGUCUAAUGUUGAAAGCAUUGCGCUCGAUGAGAAAGAUGAAGUUGAAGAUUCAAAUCAUAUCACUUCUGCAAGCUCUUCUAAAUGGAUCAAAGUCGAUGAAAAGACGACGCUUCACGACGUUCUAAAGAAGCCUAACCAUGUUAUACCAGGAAUACCAGUCUUUUAUGUUGUUUCAAGGAACUCAAAAUUUUACAAAGAGUUCAAAGCUGGGAGAUGGGUUCCUCCUUCAUGAGGUUAUUUAAUCAAGUAGCAUAUAUACAAACUUUUUGCUUAGGUCAAUGCUGGUUCUGUGAUUUUGCAAAUUUUGUUUUCAUGAUUGAUUUAUUAUUAUUUAUUUUACCAAAGUUUUCUUGUUCUUAAAUUGAUGUUAAUAGUCAAUUGAAUUCGCACAGCUCAAUUGGUUUGAACGUUAUAAGAAAAAUGCGAAAAUGCAAAAUCCUCGUUCUUAUUCUUUA